GAAAAAUAAACAAACAAAAUUUUUUCCUUAUUUUUUCUCAUUUUUCGUACUAAAACCUGCUUUAAAGUCAAAAAAUGUCGUCGGCAGUGAUAGAUGAGCUCAUCAACGAUUGGAACGCAAUGCUGACAUUCAAGUUAAAGGAGUCAGAUUUACUUGCGCCCACAGAAACCUUCGUGGUAAAGGCUCUUUCUACACUUCUCGGAGCAAUGUCGAUCAAAGAUUGCUACACUUUGAAGAUGCAGGCGGAGAAUAAGGUUGAAGCAGGCAUCGCCAAGACCAAAUUCGUGCGAUAUGUCGAUGAUUUGUACAAAGUUAGUGAUCCGAAGAAUAAUUUUCUGUAUUUUGAUUUGGUUUAUCCGACUUCCAAGAAGACAAUUCAUUUGCUAAAAGUGCUUCAUAAUUAUUAUUGUUACUACCAAUUUUUGAAGAAAAAUGUCCUGGAUCGCGUAAAGGAGAAAUUGGAGACUCGCGAUCAACUCAUGAAGACAAACAAAGACCUAAAAGUCGAAAUUGAACGUUCAAAAAUGCAAAAAGAAUUGUUGGAUAAAAAGAUGGAAAAUUACGUCGCAGAACUUCCAGUGUUGAAAAAUGACACACAAGAAAUCACCGCGAAGAUUAAACAACUUUCUGCUGAAGUCGAUAAAACAAAACGAGCCACAGAAACUCUCUCUCUCAGCAAUCGCGACGCUCUGAAAAAGAUUGAAUCCUUGAACGACGACCUCAUCGACGAAGAAGAAGUCAAACAACUUCUCUCGGACCGGAAAAAAGUCGAAAACGAGUUGGCUGAAAUCAAGGAACAUGGAUCUGCGACCCAUGCAAGGUUCGUUGAAAGUCAUCACAAAAAGGAAGAUGUCAGACAAGUCAUCGAUGAAGCACAAAAACUCAUCGAACUCCUAAAUGUCGAGCCACUUCUCAAGCAAAAAGAGGAAAAGGAACAAACGAAUCGUGAUCUCAAAGAUUUUCAAGCAAAACUGUUGAAAGUUCAAGAUGAGCUCUCGAAAGUCAUGAAAGAUUACGACUUGCAGAUCAAAACGACGAAGAAAAAGUUGGAAGCGAAGAAAAAGAAGAUAAAGCAACAUCAGAAAAAGCUCUCGACGAUUCAAAAGGAAAACGAGAAAUCGAAAAAGAACUUGCUGAAGCAAAAGGAAGAGCUGGAAAAAGAAAAGGAAUUGUUGGAAAAGAGUAAAAAAGAAAUGGAACAAGUCUUGAUUGUGGGACAAAAUACCUUGGAAUACAUCGGAAAAGGUUACGUUCAAUUAACUUCGUGUGAAUCUGCUUAAAUUGAAAAUAUUAGAAUUAAGAAAUAAAA